CUCCAAUGGCAACUCGAACGUUGUCGACAAUCUGAUGUUGCCCGUCGACCAUACACUGAUACAGCCGAGAGUGACGAAAUCGGUGUAUAAGGAGAUUUAAUAUCUCCUGAGAAAUACAUUGUGAAAGAUAUAGACUGUGGUGAUAUCGAUUCUCGAAAUGUCCGUCGGCGCGGCCAUCGUGGAAAGCGUCGCCGUUCUCUACGGUUGCCUUCUGCUCACCUUUGCGUCCGUGUACGCACUCACACUCAAGGAGACAUGGGUGGGACCGAGUGAGGCAGAGAAGAAGAACACAGCAGCUAGUUCUCACAAGCAAUGGUCCCUCGAAUAUGAUGCAGAUCCAUUACUAGCACACGACUUUCUUUCUUUACCUGACGAUCUGCAGCUACACUACAUCAAGACCCGCCCUGAACUACGCAAGCGUCCAGCUCGCCAUCUUGUGAUCUUCAUUCACGGCUUUCCCGAUUCAUGCCAUCUCUUCCGCAAGGUCCUGGAGUCCGAUCUCUCUGCAGAUGCUCAGUUUGUGUCGUUGGACUUGCCUGGCUGCGGAGGUAGCGACAGCUUGCCAAAGUACAGCUCCGAUCUCGUUCUCAAUGCUGUAGUCGACGCAAUCGUUCUAUUGAAACGUCAAUACUUGACUCGGGAUGGGAUGAAGUGUAUCUUGGUCGCCCAUGAUUGGGGUGGAGUCGUCGGCUACCGCAUUGCUGCUGAUACCCGCGGACUCUUCGAUCGGAUGAUCACCAUGAACGGCGUCUACGCAACCAGCGUCGAAGCUGAUAUCCGACUCCGCUUCUCUCAAGCAAGUGAUGCUUGGUCUCAAUGGUCGAAAAAGUCCCCGUUUGGAGCUACUAGCGACAAGCUUGGUCCUGUCUGGAGCCAGCUCUCAAAGUCACACUAUACAUUUCUUCUUCAGCUCACCUUCCAAUGGCCAAAAGCGAUGCCGUCGGUUGCAGCAGCUCUCCUCCGCUACGUCCACCGUAACGGCUCACACAAAUUCGCCUCAUCAAUCCCUGAAGAAUCUCUCGCAGCUUGUCUAACAUCCUCCUACGGCCCAAGCCCAGCCGAGCUCGCUUCGGGCAGCACCAAAGACGGCCUGACCUACGGCCCGACAGUCCACGAACGUGCAAAGACAACCCCACCAGGCGACUGGAACCAACGUUUCCGCCUCUACCGCGAAGGCCUCAUCCUCGAACCUUGGACCCUCGCUGAAGUCCACGCGAGACAUGCAGUAGGGACAUUCAAGGACGAAUCAUCAGACGAGACCAGUAGCACACAGCCACAUCGCCGGUUGGAUGUCCCAGCAUCUCAGCGCUUCAAGUAUCCCGUCACGGUCCUCUUUGGUAUUGACGAUGAGGCGUUGGAUCACCGUAUCGUGGUAGACUCGCUUGACGAUUUCUUCAUGCGCAAGGAGGAUGGACCGAAUUUCGGCCCGUCUAAGAUUAGGAAGAUGGCCAAAUGUGGCCACUGGUCUCCCAUGACGGAGAUAGGUACGGCGACUUUGAUCGAAGAGCUCAAACCUCUGAUCGCCGCCUAGACUUUGAAAUAGUUUCAUGUCUUGUCGUAUAGUGUGGCAAUGCUCUUCGGUAAAUGCUCUUGUCAUCAUUAUAUAACAUAUGAGCUAAAUCCUCGCGGUGCUGCAGCCCCGGCCUACAUAGACCACGCGCCAUCGACAUAUGUGAAAAUGUUACCUUAUUGCGC